UUUAUGGCACGCUCCCUUUAAGACGGCGCGCAUGCGCAAAUCGCGGACAAAGUUAACUCCUGAACUUCGUAGUCAGAAAAAUUCAGUAUUUAUAAAAUAGCAGGGAAAUCUCCACUGGGUUGACAUGGCAUUUCGCCGAAGAAACAAGAGUUACCCUUUCUUCAGCCAGGAAUUCCUCAUUCAAAACCACGCCGACAUCGUCUUCAGUUUGGUGAUUUUCAUUUUGAUUGGAUUGAUGUUUGAGGCCACAGCCAAGACGGCCAUACUCUUCAUUCAGCCUCAGUACAAUGUCACCACACAGUCACCAGAGGGAGAGGUGACGUUCUACCAUUACGGAUGGAAGGACUCUGCCACCAUCCUGUUCUACUUCUUCAUCGCCAUCAUCCUCCACGCGGUCGUGCAGGAGUACCUCCUGGAUCGAGUCCGCAUGCCACACAUUAUUACAGGGUCCCAGCGCUCGCUCACGCGAUCUGUUGCGUUGUUGCAGAAAGUGAACCGACGUCUCCACCUCUCCAAGAGCAAGAACACCAAGUUUAAUGAGUCGGGUCAGCUGUGCGUGUUCCACUUGGUGUCCAGCGUUUGGAGUUUCUACGUCCUCCUAACUGAAGGAUAUCUCCUGCAUCCCAGCAGCCUCUGGGAGAACUAUCCCCAUGUGCAUCUAAGGUUUCAGGUGAAGUUUUUCUACCUCACUCAGAUGGCCUACUGGCUCCACGCCUUGCCGGAGCUCUACUUCCAGAAAGUACGCAAGGAGGAGAUUUCUCGUCAGCUCCAGUACAUCUGCCUGUAUCUGCUGCACAUCUCUGCAGCCUAUUUGUUAAAUUUGAGUCGUGUGGGUCUGGUACUCCUCUUCCUGCAGUAUGUGUCAGAGCUGGGCUUCCACAUCGCAAGACUCCUGUACUUCACUGAUGAGAGCCAUCAGAAAAUGUUUGACCUGUGGGCGGUCAGCUUCGUGUUCACGCGUAUGGCCACGCUGACCCUGAUGUUCCUCUCCGUGGGCUUCGGCUUGGGCCGUUCCGAGAACCAGGGGCUGGAUCUGGAGAUGGGCAACUUCAACACUGUACUGAUAAGGAUGAUUGUUCUACUGCUCGUAUGCUUCACCCAGUCUUGGCUUCUUUGGAAGUUUAUCCGCUUCCAGCUGAGGCGCUGGAGGGAGUUCAGGCUCGAACAGGCCGUUCGCAAGAAGACUGCCACGAAACAACCGCUGCGGGCGCUGAAGAGAGACUCACUCGGCCAUCACGAAAACGGCGUCCUCAAAGCCGAGAACGGAGCCUCGCCUCGGAUGAAAAAGCUCAAAUCGCCCUAAGAUAACGUACUGACUGGCCCGAACAGUGGCCUUAGCCCUGGCUAUGGUUCCGCAUGAGCACAACAGUGAAGCCCGCGGCCACCGGCCACCAAGCUUCUGGCUGAGAAUGUCCUGAGAUGUCACAGGAACUCAGUCGCCACAGACUUAGGCUUGAAUGCUGGAAAAUGAAAUCCAUGGAAACCCCUCAAGCCCAACAGACAUUUACUCUUCUCAUCAUAUCAGUAUUUUUUUAUACAUCCACGUAGCCUGCCAUAAAAGGCGCACCAUUGUAUGCAGAGUGAUUUAAAAAAAAAAAAAAGUGACCCCAGUGUGCGACACAUUCGACGCGUGUGUCCACGUUGAAUGUGAUUCGUAUCCUCAUACAUAAGUACUGUAAUGGUUGUAGCGUUGUCAGAUUUUGCAGAUCUCGUUAUUGAGCCGGCUUUGCUUGUUUUCCAUUCUGGUCCACUGGAGCAGAAAAGCGUUACUGAUGAUAUGGUAUGAUACGAGCUUACUGUCAAAAAUUGUACAUCUGUCACUGGUCACUUAAAAGACACGCAUGAAGUAUGUGUGUCAGAAAUAACAGCAUGCCAUUCCAUGUUUUUUUUCCCCUUUUGUUUUGUUAAUUACUUUAUUAAAAUAAUGCAAUUUUCAGAAAUGA